AUGGUAGCAGCAGCGGGAACUGGAGCAGUAGCGACAGCAGAGCGUCGGCAACCGCUCGUUCUCCCACAGUCGACGCCGGCAGCUUCGAGGGAGAGGGCGUGGCCAGCCGAGGGUCAACGAUCGAUGUGUGUGUAUGUGUGCCUCCGAAGUGACCGCAGCGGCGACGUCGUCGUCGACGACGACGAUGAUCGCAUUCAGCUGUCAGCAAUGUCGCCUCCAGUCGACUAUAGGCAAUCUGCCACAAAAAGUCUGCUAAUUAGUGCGGCUAAAAUAGACUACUGGGCUUCACGGAAUACUACGCACACUAAAAAGAUCGUAAGGUUAUUUGUUUCUUAG